AUGCUGAGUGUGACACCAGUUUGUGGCCCAGCCUGGCCUGAGCCGGAGCCUGACGCAGGAGCUGCUGGGAAGCUGCGGAACCCAGACAAGCUGCCGCGCUGCUGCGAGCCGGAGGAGGACGAGGCCGAGCGGCCCCCCCCGGUGCCCCAGCGGAUCCACUCCACGCACCGGCACGCCCCGGCCGAGCGCAGCAACUCCGACAUCAACCUGCAGCCCAUCAAGAUCAGGACCCAGAGGAAGGAGCCGACGCCCGCGUGCCACGUGGAGAUCUGCCUAGACCUCAGCUCCACGGGCCAUGCCAGGGUCAACACGUCGGAUUCAGACAACGACUACGACGACGUGGACAUCCCCAGCAGCUGUGACCCAGCCAGGCCCACGCUGCCAGCCGACACUGACGUGCCACCCCACUGCCCCCCAAGCCCAAGUUCCGGAGCCGGUCCGACGAGACACCCCCCGAGGAGACGCGGCCCCACCCGGGGGCAGCUCCUACAGCGCCCCGGCAGGUCUCCCUGGUGCGGUGCUCCAGGGCCCGUGGGAGCCGGACCCACACCCCACCCAGCACACCGAGCCCGCCGCUCCCACCUCUCGGCCAGCUCAGAUCCCACUCUGUGGCCCGGACCCCGGAGCGAGGAGCCCCCUGUCCUGCCCCCAAGACAGAGAAGAAACGAAGACAGGAUGGAUCCCUCUCAAGAAGGUCUUUAACGGCUGCCCCCUGCGCAUCACGGCCACGGCCACCUGGACGCACCCCACACCCAAGACCCACACCUGAUCCUGGGGGCCGAGGAGGGGAUCUUCACCCUGAACCGCAGUGAGCCGGAGGCCACGUUGGAGCUG